AUGGGUGAGCCGCUGCCGCUUGCGGGCCGGCUGCGGAGCCCCCGGGGGGCUAGGGGCCGCUCCUGCCGGCAGGACGACGGAAAGGCGCCGGCCGGCGGCGGGCUCGGCCGCCUCGCCGGGGAUGAGGAGCAGGCGCGGGGCCGCGGUCCCGGGGAGCGCUGCCAUGGCCGGCGCGGAGAGAACGGCCCGGGCCCGGCGCGCGCACGGCGCUCUGCGGGCGCCGCCGCCCCGCCCGGCUUUCUGCCGUCGUGGCUCUUUCUCGUUGGCCGGGGCGGCGUGACGACAGGCCCGGGGCCGCCCGCGGCUGGAGGCAAGGCCGGGCGGCGAUUGCAUCAGACGCGGGGGGGCCGGCGAGCGGCGGAGGGGCGAGGCCGCGGGGCGCCCUCGCAGGCGCCGGCUGCUGGGUCUGGUUGCGGCGCAGCGGGUGUGGGGGGCGCUCAGCCUGAGCAGCGGCCGGGGCACAGGGACCGAGUAGGGGCAAAGCGGCAGCACAAUAAAACUUGCAUUUCUGACAUGCCGGGUACCAUCUGUCCCAAAUCUCAACAGAAAGCAGGGAAAGGGCCAGCAUUUGUGGGAACGCAACUGCUGGGAAUGGAGCUAUGCUGGAUGCUGUGCAAAGGUCAUUGGAUUCAAGCCUGUGAUCCACAUGACAGUACUCAAGUUAUUCAAGAAAGCUUCUUACCCUGCCUUUUAGUUCAGCACCACCAGCUAAAGGAUGUACCAGUGAGGAUACUGUUGGCUGUCCUGCCAGAAACAAUAUUAGUUCCUGCCAACACACUUUUAUGUGAAGCCUGUAUCAAGCUGUCAGAAGAGAGCCACCAUGAAAAGGGGCAGAGAAAAAUUAUCAGGAAACAACAAGUUAGGAAUGAGUUCAGUCUCAGCAAGUUCAGCAUGACCCAAAAUGUGAGGAGCGUUACCAGAAUUGUAUGCCUCCUACCUCAUACCUUUUUACUUUGUUGAAUGCUCUGGUGCUCACAGAGGGGCAAGUCUAUUAUCAUUCCUUUCUGGUAACUUCAUUUGCUCUGUUAGCACUUGAUCUUAAUGAUGAUUCUCAAGUAAUUGAUCUGAGACAGUUGAAGCUCUUUCUAUGCUAAUUAAAUGGAUUGUAUACUAGUAAUUGAAUGUGGAAAAUGAAGUGUUUUAGGGUGAUUAAUUAAAAGUUCCUGUCAGAGUUUGUAACUUAGGUGAGUCUUUAAUAGAUAAGUUGAAAUAGAGUAAAUAGUUGCUUAAUUCACCUUUGCAUGAAUGAAUCAAUUUUUAAUGUAGUAAUUUUUUCUUUUUAGCCAGUCCCAAUUUAAUUGCCUUUUUUUUUUU